AUGGGCCCUUUGUGGGAUUUUUUCCUUCUUCCUUCUGAAGGACUUUCAGGUGGUAUUAUGAUUAUUUGGAGAGUGGAAGUAGCAUCUUUUUCAGUUGUCAAGAAAUUAGAUCAAUGUGUAAUUGGGGAUCUUAAUGUCUUUAACAAGGGAGUUUGGAGGAUCAGCACUAUAUAUGGUAGUAAGGAGACUCACAAGAGAAGGUUACUUUGGGAAUGUGUCCAGGAGCAUUCUCAAACGGAUAUCCCUUAUGUUAUUGGUGGUUACUUCAACUGUAUGUUGGCAAAGGAAGAUAAGAAGGGAUGGAGAAAGUUUGUUUUCUCUCAAGGUCCAAUGGAGAUGUUAAAAUUUAUGAAUGAGAAUGAUUUUCAUGAAGUUGGGUUUGUUGGAUCCAGAUUUAAUUGGUGCAAUAACAAAGUUGGAGGUGGGAGGAUCCUUGAAAGAUUGGAUAGAUGUAUUCUCAAUUAUUUAGCCAUUAACAAGAUUCAAAUUGAUGUUGUUAGACACCUUGCAAGAGUGGCUUCAGACCAUAGCCCUAUUGUCUUGAAGAUAUAUGAUUCGGUCUCAAAUGGAAGAAGGUGCUUAAAGUUUGAAGAUGCUUGGUUAUCCUUCAAGACUUUAGCUUACAUUAUUUCUAAUGUAUGGAAGAAAAACUUCAUGGGGGAUGAUAUGGAAAUCCUUAAUAAGAAGUGCAAAAGAAGCUUGAAGGACUUGUUCUUUUGGAGUAAGUUCAAGUUGAAAGAAUUCUCAAAAGAAAAAGAUAGAUUGAAGGCUGAAAUUUCUCAGAUUCAAGAGGAGGAAGCUAGUGAGGGCUGGCUGGAUGAUGAAAAACUUUGGCUGCUUAGGAGUAAAGUCAAAGAGCUAAAUUUUAUCCUCAAUUGUUUGAAUACUUGGUGGAGGCAAAGAGCCAAAGUGAAGUGGAUUGAAGCUGGUGAUUCCAAUACUAAGUUUUUCCAUACCUUUGCCAAUGCAAGGAGAAAGGCCAACUGGAUCUCUCAGGUCAGGAAUGCAGACGGUAUUUUAAUUGAUGAACCAAAGGAGGUUGAAGAGGUGUUCUUUAAUUUCUUCUAG